AUGGCAACAAGUAGUGUGUCUCAGGCGGCUCUUCGGAUGUUCCAAUCCCGCAGCAAGCAUCCCUAUAUACGAUCGAAAUCGGAAUCGCAAUCGGCCUGUGAUGAGUCUCUUUCAGACUCCACAGAGAUCCUCGACACGGAUUUUGAUUCGGAUUUUUACGAAAACUACUCCGUUGGCUCGGCUCGCAGAAGCUCCGGAUCCCUUGCGGAUAGUGUCACUACUGCUUCUACUCCAGAUGACAUCAAGACACCCGUUUCGACGGGUCUGACCGGCUUUCACUUCCAUAUCGAUGAGAACCCAGUGGCCGGUCCUACGGGACCUCACCUCUUUCGACUCAUGACUGAACCACCGUCAAUAAAAGAACAGUCUGUUGAAGUCGAGUUGAUCAUGGAAGAUGCCCCUCUCAGCGCUACCAUUCCCCUGUACGGCUUCGCGUCCAAGCUGGAGCCCGAGAGACGGGAUACUCCAGUCCCAGAUGAUUCCAAAAAGCAGUCAAAGAGUGACCCUACCCCAGAACCAAUAAUCGCGAACAACCGUGCCUCGGGAUCUUCGGAUUACGGUGUCGCCAAAUGGUCUCCUCAAGAUGUUGUCAAGUGGAUGCAAACUCUCGGUUUCGAGGACGGCAUUGUGGAGAAGUUCUUCAUCAACGACAUCUCGGGUUCGAUUCUUCUGGAGCUGCAGGUUGAGGACCUCAAGGAACUCGAUAUUCAAUCCUUUGGCAAGCGUCAUCAACUCAUGGGCGCUAUUAGACAGCUUCGAAACGGCCCACAAAUGGUCUGUGAUGAUCAGGCUGCACCGGAGCCUGUAUGCCGCGAGGACACUGCCACACCAAAGACCACUGCCGCUGAUGUUGGUACCGACUGCAGUACAAGCCCAAUCACCGACGAGGAAAAGCCAGGCUCGCGGAACAGACAGCACAAGCAUCGUCGUCGCCAAAAGCACAAACAGGCUGGUGAUAUCGGUCCUGAUGAUUCCGUGUCCAUUGUUGCUAUUGAGCAGCUGCUGCCAAGAUUACACACCUGCUCCAAGGGAGAGAACUGUCGCAAGUGGCAAAAGCAGCAGGUCAAGCUGGCUCGCUUAGUCGAAGGUCUCCCCGCUGGAGCCCUCGGUGGCUCUGUCAUUGUCGCUGGUGAUCCGGGAAACGCUGCUACUGCACAGGCACUAGCUAAGACGCCCAAAUCAGAUGUGACACCUUCCCUCAUUGCCUCAUCUGAUGUUCUUGGUCCUGAAAAAGGGCCUGAGUUCCAGCUUUCCAAGGAGAAGCUGGGUGGUGUACAGCCUAGGGAUCCUCAGGAGAAUGUGCGCAACUUCCUGAAUUUCCAGCGCCUCAGUCGGCUCCAACCCGUCAAUGAUCCUGCCACUCCUCCCCAGGAGACCCUCCCGUCACCGGAGUCUGACUCGCCUGGUAGGGCGAAUGCUAGUCUGGCCGAGAACCUUCGGCAUCUUCCCAAGCUUCGGAUCCCCAGCGCUCACAACUCGUUGACGAGCUCGACCCUAUCGCCCAGCUACUCUGCUCAGCGCACUAUCACCCCAUCCAUUCUGCACAGAAAGCAACCUUUCGCUCAGCCCGACGCCCCGACGCCGUCAAACCCCUACUCUGCUGGGGCAUCCCCUGCCGACUUCUACCGUCAACAUCCACAGUACAGUCAGAGUACGCCCUUGUCUGAGAUGGAUGUUCCAGUGACCGCUAUCCUACUGGGACCCGUAUCUCGUAACAUCUCCCAGUCGGUGCCACCGGAUAUGCGGUUUGGAAAUUACAAGCACCACGUGGCAGAUCCCGUCCGUCGACCAGCGUCUACGAAGGCUGAGAACCAUCGCAGACUGCCUUCCCAUCAGAACAGUUCCGCGUUAUGUCCCCUGGAUGAAGUAGAGUCUCUCGGCCCUAUUGAAACUCCCGAGGACCUGGAUCGGACUCCGCGUGCAGCCCACUGCAAGAACAAUCCAUUCAGUCCCGGAAGUCCAUUCGUCAAUGAUAUUAUGCACAGUGGCUGGAUGAAGAAGCGAAAGACGACCCGACUUUUGCGUCACGACUGGGAGGACCAUCACUUUACGCUGCGAGGCACCAAGCUGGUCAUGCACCCAGACGAGGAAGCUUCUCACCGCGACUCCAAGGCCCUCGAGUACAUCGACGUUGAUGACUAUGCGGUUGCGUGCUCAUCUCUGCCUUCUAGCUCGAAGUUGACCGCUGCUUUCAAGAAGACCGUGCUCAAACGCAAGGAUAACGUUCAAGGCGAAGCUGCGUUUGCGUUCUCUUUGAUACCUUCGCCCAACGGUGUUGUCGAUCGCAAGUUCUUCCUCAAUCAAGGUUCCAAGGCACACCAUUUUGCAGUAAAGACCCGCGAGGAGCGCAUUGGCUGGAUGAGAGAGUUGAUGCUCGCCAAGGCGCUCCGACGAGGUCGAGAAAGCGGAGCCACCGUCAACCUCAACGGUACAGCUCUUUGA